AUGUUUCAGAUUCUUCUAAUUCUAGGAUCGCUUUUGCUUCAUGAACAAGCAUCACUAGCUGCUCCUCUGGUGAAGGGUAAGUGCGCCCAAACAUGUGGUGGCGUUGCCAUUCCCUUCCCCUUUGGGAUAGGAACCGGGUGUUUCCUCGACGAGUGGUAUGAGAUCGUCUGCCAGGAAAGCGGCAAUGGCACCGUCCCCAUACUGAAAAAGCCCAACUUGAGGGUGCUCAACAUUUCACUACCCGAUUACUCUGCUGAAACAAACGGCAUGAUUAACGUUGUUCUUCCUAUAAUCUACUCGCCUGGUAUGAGGUGCAGUGGCAAUGGAAGCUUCACGCCUGUGAGCUUGAAAGGAAGCCAAUUCAUCUUUUCCCAGUCGAGGAACGUCUUCGCUGCUGUUGGUUGCAACAUAUCGGCUCUGAUAAGGGACACGAAUUCUGCUAUCACAGGAUGCCAGUCCAGUUGCAAAGCAGACAACAACGUUGUUAGGAAGACUUGUUCGGGCAGCGAUGGAUGCUGCAAAACCACAAUUACCUCAAAUCUUCAAGAUUUCACCAUCACUUUCCGGGCCGACAUAAACACAGUAGGAAAUGAAGGAUGCAAUUAUGCCUUCCUUGGAGAUAGGUUGCGGUUUGUACCUUCAACUAUGGACUUCAAUGAGUUGAGGGCAAGCGGCCGUUUUGCAGCAGUGCUAGAAUGGGGGAUAGCUCAAUCCUCUGGAGCUGGAUUAGAGAUCUACGAACAAAGCUUCAUCCCCAGCAAUUCCUAUAACUGCAGCACAGUCAGCUUUGAUUUAGCAGAUCUUAUGGACAUGCCAUUUCUGCAGUGUUCUUGCAAUAAGGGCUUCACUGGUAACCCCUAUAUUCAACAUGGAUGCGAAGAUGUUGAUGAAUGCCAAGAUCAGACCAAUCGGUGCCCUGACGGAAAGUGUGUGAACCAACCAGGUUACUAUAUUUGUGUAGAAGAGAGCAAGAUAAUUAAGUUUAUCCUCGUGGUACCAUUGGAGCCUAAUUACUUCAUAGUUCAACUUGAUGGACUCAUCGACGCAUACAGUAUAUCAAACCUAAUACCGGGCUUUUUCCUUUUUACCCUCGAUGUCCCUGGGGCAUGA